AUGAAUAUUCUUAAAUUUGCUUUCAUCCCAUUGUUUUAUAAAAAGGAUUAUUUUAUUGAAUUAACAAAAUAUAUGCUGUCGCUUAAGGAUCCCCUUAUAUUUUUUUUUCUGUGUAUAUUUUUCUUCAUUUUUUGUACCUUGAUUACAUAUAUAUAUUGUUUUUUCAAGAGUUACGAUUUAAAUAAGAAUGGAAACAAGGAUAAAUAA